AUGGCUGUCGGGCUGACUGAAGAUCGGCGCGUCGCCUCCGGGCAACUGGGGUCCGCCGGCACUGUUCUGGUGCUGCUGCUAGCCUACCCCAUCCUCCGGGCCGUGUACAACCUUUAUUUCCACCCGCUGGCCAAGAUCCCCGGCCCGCGCUCCUGGGCGGCCACCCGGCUGCCGUUCAUCCGGGCGCUGCUCGGCGGCACCAUCGUGCACGACAUCCAGAAGCUGCACCGCCGCUACGGGCCGGUCCUGCGCAUCGCCCCCGACGAGGUCACGUUUGCGAAUGCCGAGGCAUGGAACGACAUCUUCCAGCCGCGGCCGGGCUGCCCGCAGUUCCUGAAGGACCCGACCUGGUGGAAGCCGCAGCCGGGCGUGCCGCAGUCGCUGGUCAACGCCAUCGACCCGGAGAACCACGCGCGGAUGCGCAAGCUGCUGACGCCGGGCUUCACCCCGCGGGCGCUGCGGGGCCAGGAGCCGUUCCUGCACCGCUACGUCGACCUGCUGGUUGACCGGCUGCGCGAGACGGUGCUGGCCGAGGCCGCGGCCGGGAAGGAGGCCGAGGUCGACAUCGGGCCGUGGUUCAAUUUCGCGGCGUUCGACAUCUUCGGCGACCUGGGCUUCGGCGAGUCGUUCGACUGCCUGCAGAACUCGCGCUACCACCCGUGGAUCGCGCUGCUCUUCAACAGCGUCAAGGCGGCCUCGUUCGUCGCCGCCGCCCGCUACUACCCCUGGAUCGAGUACGCGCUCAAGAAGUGCAUCCCGCCGUCGCUGCGCAAGAUGCGGCGCGACCACUACCAGCAGAUCGCCGACAAGGUGCAGCGCCGCCUCAACUACGAGCUCGACCGGCCCGACAUCAUGUCGCACGUCAUCAAGCAGGGCAGCCCCGCCGAGGGCGACCGCGACAAGAUGUCGCUGGGCGAGAUGAACGCGACCUUCAUGGUGCUGACGACGGCGGGCAGCGAGACGACGGCCACCGCGCUGAGCGGGACCAUGAACUACCUGGUGCAGCACCCGGACGCGCUGGCCAGGCUGGCGCGGGAGGUGCGCGAGCGCUUCCCGACGGGGCCGGGCGAGAUCACGCUCGACGCGCUGCGCGACCUGCCCUACCUCAACGCCGUCCUGACCGAAGGGCUCCGGCUGUGCACGCCGAUCCCGUGGAUGCUGCCGCGGCGGGUGCCCCCCGGCGGCGCCACCGUGGGCGGCGUCUGGCUGCCCGGCAACACGGCCGUGUCGAUCCAGGCGUACGCCCUGAACCGCGAGGCCCGCUACUUCCACCGGCCAGACUCGUUCCUGCCGGAGCGGUGGCUACCCGCGGCCGCGGCGGACCCGGAGUCGCCCUUCUUCGGCGACCAGCGGGACGCGCUGCACCCCUUCAGCCUCGGCCCGCGGUCCUGCCUGGGCCAGCACCUGGCGUGGGCCGAGAUGCGGCUGAUCUUGGCGAAGCUGCUGUGGACCUUCGAUUUCAGCGCGCCGCAGGACCGCGCCAAGUGGCUGAAGUGGGAGGAUCUGAGGACCUUUGCGCUGGUCGAGAAGCGGCCGAUCGUGGUGAGGAUGAGGCUCAGGCCGGAGGCGGCGGCACUGCAGUGA